AUGUCCCACACAACAACAACCCACCUCCUCACCCCCCUCUUCUCAUCCUUCCGCACCCUCACCCUCUCAACCCGCAAACCCCUCCCAAAAACCACCCUCCAAACCCCCACCANAACCCACCUCCUCACCCCCCUCUUCUCAUCCUUCCGCACCCUCACCCUCUCAACCCGCAAACCCCUCCCAAAAACCACCCUCCAAACCCCCACCAAUACAAAAAGAGCAUUCAGCACCACCACCCCUCUCGCCGCCCGCCCAGCACGAAAUGCGGCGAACAAGACGGAUCCCAGGAUUUCGUUAAUCCGAUACCACAUGCAGCACCCCAAGACGCCGCGACCGCUGAGGCUGAGUCGGCUGCGGGCGUUGCGACAUUGGACGAUUCACCGGGCGUGGAUGUUGGCGCGACGGAAGAGGAUGGAGGCCGAGGAGGGGGAGUUGAUGAGGUUCGUAGAUAUCCGCUUUAUGUUUUUUGGUUUGGGGGAUUGAGAUUUGAGGGAGGUAUGGAUGUGGAUUUGGAUUGGCAAUUGGACUUCGAGAGACAACACGGAAUUCGCACCAGAAAGAGAAAAAGAAGGAAGAAAAAGAAACUGGGAUCAGAACCAUCAAUCCCUCUUCAAUCCCUCUCUAACCACAAAAUCAACAACCCAAAAAAAGAAGAAGAAGAAAAGCUAACAAUCACUUCACCAGAAUGUACCAAAGCAUGCACAGCGCCUGCGAACUCCUCCGCACAAUGGACACCCCCGGAACCAAAGACGCGGGACGCUUAUACCGCAUCGCCAUGGAGAAGAAAGGGAUCUUCGGACAUGGCGGCGUCCCCAUCGAAUACGCACGAGCACAAACCGAUACACCCGCAAAGGAGGCCUGGAAUCACGGCUGGACACGAUAG